AUGUUUACUACAAUAGGAUUUUUGUUAGUUCUACAACUAUUAGUGAACUCAGAGUGUUUCGUGGUCAGGAGUCCUGAAACCAAGAACAGGAAAUGGAUCGAGCAGCACUCGAAAGACCCCUUAAUUCUCACGCCCUACGUAGAGAGCGGGAAAAUAAAAGAAGGCCAAAAAUUAUCACGGGUUCCUGUCACGGAAAAGCUGGGUAUCAAGAGCUAUUCCGGUUUCUUCACCGUCAACAAGGCCCACGACUCUAAUCAGUUCUUCUGGUACUUCCCUCCUAUCAAUGACGAUAAAAAAUCACCUGUGCUGGUGUGGCUGCAAGGGGGACCAGGAGGGUCUUCACUCUUUGGGCUCUUCGAGGAAAACGGACCUCUUAUAGUGAAGAACGAAACGUUUGAACGUAGGCAGUAUACAUGGGCGUUGAAUCACCACCUCAUCUACAUAGACAACCCGGUCGGCGCUGGAUUCAGCUACACGAAUAACUCGAGCGGGUUCUGCACCAACCAAACGCAGGUCGGGGACGAACUAUAUUCCACCGUCGUACAAUUUCUGCAACUCUUCCCGGAACUGCAAGAGAACAAAUUCUUCAUCUCCGGCGAGUCGUAUGCUGGCAAGUACAUACCCGCUCUCGCUUACAAAAUACACAAAACGAACCCCACAGCUAAAAUCAAAAUUAAUCUAUCGGGUAUCGCCAUCGGAAACGGUUACAGCGACCCGGAGCACCAACUUUCCUAUGGAAAAUAUUUGUAUCAACUCGGCUUAGUCGACAGGAUUCAAUCUGAAACCCUUGAAGAAAACGAAAUUAAAACGGUACAAUAUAUUCACGAAAAACUAUGGCAAAAAGCGACAGAUGCGUGGAACGAUAUGAUGAGUUUCUUUGCAAUCAAAGCUGGAUCCAUUAAUCUCUAUAAUUAUUUGCACACUGAUGAGUAUACUAAUUCGACUUGGAGAAUACUGGAUAAUACUGAUGUACGUCAAUCUAUCCAUGUCGGAGAUCUGCCGUAUAGCGGUUUAUCGAAUGAAGUUUACAGAUAUCUGAGAGGUGAUAUGAUGAAAUCUGUGGCUCCCGAGAUGUCUGAGCUCUUGGAUUAUUACUCAGUACUCAUUUACAAUGGACAGUUGGACAUAAUUGUUGUCUAUCCGCUGACUGUGAACUAUCUUAGUCAUUUAAACUUUACUGCAGCUGAGGAUUACAAGAAGGCGGAGAGGCAUCAAUGGAUGGUUGGUGACGAGUUGGCAGGUUAA